UCGGGGCACUGUUGUUUAGUGGGUUUAUGAAAGAGGCGUGUGGUUGAACCGGUACACAACUUGGCGAACAUCCCGAGAGAGAGGUGCGCACUUACUUUAUCUCUUACUUUCGCUUUCCUCUUUUCCUCGGUACUUUCCAGCAGAAAGUGGCUCUGUUUAGGAACCAUGACCAGCAAAUUAGAUAUUCCUCUUCAUGGACCUUCACUUAACAUUGUGAAACAAUGUGGACUCACUCUGAGCAAAGUCCUUCAGAGCAAAUUUGGAUGUGUGGCCACCUUCGAGGGCGUGGAUGUUGAUAGAGAUAAGACCAAUGCACAGCAGAAAAGCCCAGCUGUUGUCCCAGACAAAAGGUGUACUGUUAAACUGGCUGCAGGUGUUAAGGUGUCUGUGGGGAAGGCCGAUCUCACCAAUGUCCAGGUGGAUGCUGUUGUGAAUGCUGCUAAUGCUAAUCUUCAACAUUAUGGUGGCCUUGCUCUCGCUCUGUCCCAUGCUGGUGGUCCUCAAAUCCAGGCUGAGAGUGACGAUUACAUCCAACGACAUGGACACUUAAGCACAGGAGAUGCGAUUGUCACUGAUGCUGGGUUCCUGCCCUGCAACAAGAUAAUUCAUGCUGUGGGUCCGUGUCUACAACCAUAUCCCACAAAGUCUGAUGUUAUGUAUGCUGAGCCUCUGUUGAGCAGGGCCAUCCGGAGCAUUCUUGAGAGAGUUAAGGAAAACCAUCUGAAGACUGUUGCCAUUCCCGCUAUAAGCUCGGGACUGUUCAACUACCCCCUGCCGCUUUGUGCAAACACGAUAGUGUCAAGUGUGAAAGACUACUAUGAAAACUCGUCCUCUCAUGGACAUCUUCCUGAUGAGAUCCUGCUUGUGAACAACGAUGACCCUACAGUUAAUGAAAUGGAGAGGGCCUGCUAUCAGAUAUUUGGCCACCCAAAGCCUGCCACAUACAGUCAGGCAGCAGCAGCAGCUGCCAAGCCCUCAACACCUACUGUCCAGAUUGGAAAUGUCCUUCUGACACUGAAACAGGGUAAAAUUGAGGAACAGCGGACAGAUGUCAUCGUAAACAGUGCAUCAUCAAACAGAGACUUGAACAUUGGUCAGAUCUCUACAGCUUUAUUGCAGAAAGCUGGUCAAGGAAUGCAGUGGGAGAUUUAUAAUGCCUAUGGAAAUAAAUAUGUCAUCAUCACAGGACCCUACAAACUGAAUUGUCGAGAGGUGUAUCACACUUUUUGCGCUGACACAACACGGAAGGUAGCACAGGGGGUCCUUUACGAGUCAGUACUGGAAUGCUUAGAGAUGGCCGUUGCAAGAAGACGCAAGUCAGUUGCCUUUCCCGCCAUUGGCACUGGAGGCCUGGGGUUCGAUAAAAAUAAGGCUGCCUACAUCAUGUCACGUGCAGUGGCUGACUUCGCCAAGAAAUCCCCACCUAUGAUUGAAGUUCAUUUUGUCAUAUAUCCCUCUGACAACGACACAUAUAAGGCUUUUGUGGAACAAAUUGCAAUUCUCCAGCGAGAUCUGUCUCCUCCUCCCAGCUUUACACAGGCACCUGAGCACAGAGGUGACUUCCGGGACAGCAAACCUCGUACUCCAAAGAUCAUCCUGUGCAGCCCCUCUGACGAAACAGCGCGCGAGGCUGACCGAUGGCUCAGCGGCCUUUUCCAGUUCUCUGGCUCUGUCACUAUCUGUAACAACUUCAUCCAGCACUUGGGCGAGCAAGAAUAUCAGCAGCUGUCCCAGCUGAUCAAAAAGGGCGUUUUCAUUGAAGAGUCUUUUGAGAAAGGUCAUGCGCACAUAACUGUCGACGGGAAUUCAUUGGAAGAUGUUGGAGUUGCUGUCUUGCAGGUGGAGGCCAUGCUCUGCAACAUCCAGGAGGAGUUUGUCAGGGAGGAAGAGCGUGCCAUGCUUCAAAUACCGACGAAGAAUAUGACCUUUCAAAGAAUCCCAGUUGAUUGCAAAAGCUCUUUGUUCUCAGAGAAAUUAUCUGAUUUAAAAAAUGAGGGGCUGUGUAUGUUGAAGCUGGAAAAAGUGGACAACCCUGCCCUGCAGACGCUGUUUGACCUCAAGAAAAACCAGCUACAAAGCAACACUACUCGAAAGAUGUUUCAGUGCGUACCUGCACAGUUCUGUGAGAUGGUUAGCCAUAUUGGAUUCCAUACAGAGUUUGCACCACCUGCAGACCCAGCAUACGGAGAGGGCAUCUACUUUGCUGCCACAUUGAGAAAAGCCAUGGAAGUGUGGCAGGAAAGAAAUGAUGAGUAUCUGUACUUUGUUGAGGCUGAGGUGCUGACGGGAAAGUCCACCCUCGGUAAACCAGGUCUCAUUCUGCCUCCUCCCAUGGAUUCAGAUCCCCAGGUUAUGUAUGACAGCGUGAACGGGGGAGGACGUAAUAUCUCUGUCAUAUUUAGUGGUUAUCAAGCUCUGCCCAAAUACAUUAUCACCUGUAAGGUGCUCUGAGGGAUGAUCUCUCCACUCUUUCCACUGGGUUUACGGUGUUUGUUUACUGUGGCAUUAUAAUCAUUGUAAGAAGGCUUCCAAUAGUGUUAGAGAAAACUGAGCAACAGCAAGUUAAACCAUAAAAACGAGACCAGCACCACAAUGUGAAAGAGGAAUCACAGGUGUCAGGUUUGUUUUUCUUGAAGCUGAGCAUUGCCGUUUGAACAAAUUUUGAGUGUUUUCAUUUUUUUUUGACAUUGUGAGUUUGUUGAUUCGUGGCUGAGUAAAAUGCACAAUAGUCUACUCCGCUGCAGUGGUAUUAGUAGGAAUAGCAUAAUCUUUUGUAUAUGAAGAUCAAGAUUUAAAAUGCACUGUCUUCUAGCAGAAUUACACAUUUUUUUACAUUAGUAUGUACAAUUAUUUAGUGUUAUGAUACUUUAUAUGCAAACAUCAUUAGAGAAACAUAUUCUGCUAAUGAUUAAGAUUCCAUAAUCCUUUGUGCGACAGAUGAAAAGCUUUGGCUGGCAGUACCAGGGUGUUAAACUAAUUAUAAAAAGCUCAUAAACCAAUGGCAAAUCAACAAUGAAAGGGAAGUGAUGAUACUGAAAUCGAGUACAUGAGGGCAGAUAUAUCGUGUGCCUGAUGUUGAUAUCAAAAACAUAAAAAAAAAAAAACAGCGUGAAAAUGCUUUGAAUCAUCGUCUCCUCUUUUUUUGUUAGUUUUUAAGUAACUUGAUGGUUUGUUUGUCAGGACACAACUUCAGAGAACCUGGGAAAAGUGUUUGUUUAAACAUAAAUCA